AUGUACGGCAAUUGCCUUGAAUUUACAUUUGAUACUGAAGGUGAGCGAUCAAACAAUCAAUUAGCAUUAAUUCAGAUUCAAACAAUACCUCAACAAUUACCAUGUUUCGUCGUAUUAUUAGAAUUAUUACAUUUACCAUCAUAUGAUACAUUAAUUUUCGUCAAAAUUAAACAAUUAUUUCAAUUGAUAUUUCAAUCGAAAAGCAAAUUAUAUUCGUGGGGGCCACUACGACGAGAAUUGUAUCCGGUUGUGAAUUAUGAAUUGUGGGAGUGGCCUAUUGCAUCGCAAAUAUUUGAUAUUCAACUCGAUUUUAGUGAAUGGCUUAAAUGGGCACUAUUUCAUUGUAAGGUGUGUAGCUCGUCAUUACUUCAACAUAAUGUUAUAAAUGAUGUUCGGUCAAAUACAAAUAUUAGUUCAUCUUCAACAUGCACGUGUCAUGAAGCAAAUCCUUAUCGUUCUGGAGAAAAAUGGAAACUACAAGACGCUUUAAUUUACACCUGUCAAUGGUUUAUCGAUAAAUCAAUGACAAGUAGUUAUUGGGCAAAAGGAUUAGAUCCACAUCAUUCAUCAUUAUCAACGACAACACGAGAGAAAAUGCUGCGUUAUGCAAUUUAUGAUUGCUUUACCACCACAUAUUUAGCACGUCCAGUUUUAAGAUCAUGGACAUUUCAAAAGGUAAAAAAAUUUAUUUCUGAAGAUAAUGAUGAUGACGUAACAAUUACUCAAUGUCGUACAAUUCCUGUUACUAAUGUAUUAUAUGCACAAAUUUCAGAUGAUAAAAUUUGUAUUAGUCAAAUGUUUAGUCCAGUUACAAAAACACAACCUGAACUUGAAGACGUUUCAGAUGAUGAGCAACAGCAACAACAUCAACUUUCAGUUGCACAACAUUCACCACAUGCUCGACGACUUGAUGAACGAAGACUUCGUCGAAUUUACCACCGAUUCACCAUGUCGCCAAUUAAAAAUAUUCUUCGACAACAUCAUAUUUAUUAUCGGCAUGUAAAAAUUGUUGCCUCAUCAUUAAUUAUUGGCAUAAAAAAUUCGACGUUUCAACACGAAUUCGAUCAAUAUUUACCGAAUGAUUUAUUCGAUCAUGAACAUUAUUAUCAUCAUCUUCGUCGCCAACCUUAUCAUCAUCAUCAUAGUCGUCAUCAAUCUCAUCAUCAUCAUUAA